AUGCAUUUUCCAGAAAGUCACACAGGAAAAAAUAUAAGUGAGUAUUUACAUAAAGGUUUAGUAAGUUUUGAAAUUCCACACUCAAAAAUUCAUAUUGUUUUAAGAGAUAAUGUGGCCAAUAUGGUAGCUGAUGUAAGAGACAGUGGAUAUAUAGCUUGUUGCAGACGUCUGGCAACUCAUUUUCACCAUUCCCCAACAGUAGCAGCAAAAUUAGAAGCAAUUCAGGAACAACUUAGUACAAAUAAGCACAGGUUAAUCGAAGAUAUUAAUACAAGAUGGAACAGCUCUUAUGAUAUGAUUGAAAGGAUGCUUGAUCAAAAAGUUCCUUUGGCAACUUAUACAGCAGAUUAUCCUACCCAAUCAACACUAAAUUCAUUUCAAUGGGACUUAUUAGAUAAAGUGUUGCAUAUUUUAGAACCAAUUAAAACUUUAACCAUUUAUUUCAUUGAACAUUUAAGUGGGUCAGUAGACAAAAAAUUGGGUUCACAUUUACAUGAUAAAUAUUUAUGUCUUGCCACUUUUUGUGACCCUAGAUAUAAAUUGACAUAUCAAAAAGAAGAUAAGGAUAAAAUAAAAAAUUGGAUAAAUGAACAGAUGCAAGAAAUGCAACAAAAUAAUUUAGAACUUGAAUCCUCUGAUUCUGAUUUUGACGAACCUUCAGUACAUAACACAAAUGAAGUAAUUGCAAAACCAACUUAUCCAAAAUUCAAUGAAUGUUUUCAGAAAGUUUCUAAACUGAUAACUAUAGAUGAAUGUGAUUCCAAUUAUAUAAAUACUGAAAAUAGCAAAAGGUUAAAAAGAUUUAAUUCUAAUAUACAAAUGAUAAACAAGGAGAUUGAAAAGUAUUUAAAGCUACCUCUUGUCAAGGAAAAAGAAAGUCGUCUCUUGUGGUGGAAAAAUUAUGAAAACUCUUUUAAAAAUUUAAAGAAAAUUACCUAA